AUGUUGCAGAGAUUCUUGGAGAGAAAGCCUAGAAUAAACUCACAGUUGGUGGCACAACAAGUUGCUCAGCAAUAUGCGACCCCACCGCCACCUAAAAAGGAAAAGAAAGAGAAAGUGGACAAGCAAGACAAAGAAAAACCUGACAAGGAAAAAGAAAUCAGUCCAAGUGUUACAAAGAAGAACAACACCAAGAAGACUAAACCAAAGUCAGAUAUUGUGAAAGAUCCUCCUAGUGAAGCAAACAGUAUACAAUCUGGGAAUACAACAACAAAGACCAGUGACUCAAAUCACACUUCAAGCUUCAGCUCCUGGCUGUCAGUGAGGUUCAUCCAUCCCAGACCCAGACUGAAAAAUGUGGACAGAAGUACUGCACAGCAGCUGGCAGUCACAGUAGGGAACGUCACAGUGAUUAUCACAGACUUUAAAGAAAAGACUCGCUCCUCUUCCACAUCCUCAUCUACAGUGACCUCCAGUGCAGGAUCAGAACAACAGAAUCAGAGCAGCUCUGGCUCUGAGAGCACAGACAAGGGCUCGUCCCGCUCCUCCACACCCAAGGGGGACAUGUCAGCAGUCAACGAUGAAUCUUUCUGAAAAUUGCACAUGGAGUUGUGGAAAACUAUAAAUCAGGGUAUGAAAUUCAAACACUCCACCUGCCCAUGCUGUUUAAAUCCUGGAGAGCCUCUUCUGUGCUUGAACAUACACUUUCUUGGACAUCGACCUCUUACUGAUGCAACCAGGAUAAUUUCUGCUUGCCAUGGGCAUCUGGCCACCAAGGAAUUUCGCACCCUGACGAUUACUCUUGACACUUUUAUGUAUUCCAUUGUUUUAUAUGAUUUUCCUAACAAUCAUUUAUAAUUGGAUGUGCUCCUGAAUCUACUUUUUUAUAAUAUCUGCUGUGCACAAUUUUCCAUGAACAUUACAACCUUUUGUUUUUGGAGUGGGGGGGGAGGGCAGGGGAAGGGGGCUUUAUUUAUUGCAUUCACAAACUCCAUCCUCUUUUUCAGCAUAUCCUUUAAGUUCAGUUCUUCCUCCAGUUAUACUGUGUACUAUCAGUUUUGAUAUAAAUUAUAUAUAAAUAUAUAUAUAAAUAAAUAUAUAUAAAGGGUUAUUUGAAACCAAUACAUGGAAACGCUGGUGCUUGAAACACUGUGAAGCGAAACAAUAAUAUUGAACAGUAAAGAUCUGGGACAGUCCCCUUCUGUGAAAGUGCUGAAGCUGAAAUGGAACCGGUCUGAGAUGGGAAGUGUAUUCCUGAAGGUUUGAAUCUAGAUGGGACCCGAAUUUUAUUUUAUUUUUUUGUUCCUUUCCCCAUCCCCUCCUUCCCCCUCCUCCCCAUGCUUUGGCUGGACAAAUAGUUUUGAUCUUCUGGUUUGUUUAUUUUUUAUAUGAGUGUUGUGAUUUGUUGUUGGAAGACUGCUCCAGAUAGCACACAUUCCCGGUAGGAUAACUCAGACUGACAAAUCACAAGUUCACGUCUUGAUUCAAGUGGGUACAUUCAAAACUAAGCUGAAUGCCACAGUUUCAUGCGUAUGCCGGUAACCUGUUUUAUUUCACUAUCUUUUUGCAUAGCCAAUUGCACAAAAAUACAACGUUGUGUAAUUUUGAUGAAUUCCAUCCAUUUUUCCAGACCAGCAUCAAUAACUGCGGUAACUUUAAAAGUCUGUGGAGUAGCUUUUUGCGUUAGGAUUCAAGGCAAGAGAGAACUGUAGGGCCAGAAACCUUUUUGGGGGGCUGAUGUAAGAAAUGGUUACUUGUUCCCAUCUGUUGUUUCAUGGUUCUUCCUUGAUCCAACCCUUUCAUGUCUGUCUCCUUCCAUCCUGUUACGGGGAUUAUUUUGUGUUUGAAUUGGGUUUGGAUUCCAAGAGUGACUUCUGAACAGCGGAUCAUCCAGUGACGACAUGUGAGGUUUGUCAGUGUUGGGACAUGUUUAGCUGUCCUGCUGUGGGAGCUAAAGUUGUGAAAAGCUUUCGGGCUGGCAAGUGAGCAACAAGUGCAGCUCAGACGGAUGGCCAGUAUCUCUUUCAUUCUAGCUCUAAAGCUAUUCAGACUGCAUUUCUUGGUCUGUUAGCCUUGCUUUAUAGUUUUCCUUCUAGGUGUUAGCCUGCUAGAACACUAGUCUGAAGAGGUGAAACAAAUAUCGUUUGCUUUAUUUUUAAACUUUUGGAGCUCUUUUGGCUUUUUAUCCUUAUUUGUGUGGCUCCAGAGUGCUUGGCAGUAAUUUCAGGCACAGAGUCUGUGGCUUUAUUCAACAGCAUUGGGAUACCCUUUUUUGGGUGCCAUGUUUGGAAAGAGGGCCAUUUAAUAGUAACCUGGUGCUAGCUUCUUCCAUUGCGAAUUAUUAGCUUGGCAAAAAUCAUUUCUGUAUGUGGAGGCAACUGAGCUAAAUUUUUGUUUUCAGAUCAGCGUGGUUUUGAGUAGCAGACAUAGGUUCCUUUCACACGUACGAUCAAAGUAUUCUGUACUUAACUAAUUCAUUACAAGCUGUGCUUGAAGGUGUAUGGUAAAAAGCAGGGCCUUUGCAACUGCAUUUUUUAUUGUGAACACCUUAACAUGGACACCCCCAUUUAAUUCUGCUUAUAUUGGAAAUAUAGGCUGUAUUUACCUUUAUAAACAACAUUUUUAAAGUAUUUAUUAAAGAACCAAAGGAAAUCAGAUGCUCCCUAUGAGCAUCAAGAAAAUAUAAUAUACAUAGUUUUAAUACUAUGAAUUUCUCGAUCCACAUUUUAACAUUAGUGGGAUAUUGCAAAGACAUUCCUUUUCCAGUUUUUACUAUUCCUUUAAGGGUCUCAGGGAGGGUAAACUGGUCAGCCAUAUUUAUUUAUUUUACUGAGAUGUAUUGGAAUAAUUUUUUAAGAGAGACUUUUUGAAGAUGCCCCUGAAGUUGUAUAUUUUGCACUGCUUUAUAAAUGAACCGUAAUCAGUUAGGCUUGCAUGCAUUUUGGCCCUGAUCCAGCAAAGCCUGGAGACAAGCAUUUGCUUCUCCCCCUAGUUUCAAAAAAGACUAUACUGGUGCUUAAAGUUAUGCACAUAUUUAAGUUCUUUGCUGGAUCUGGGAAUUUGUGCAUAAAAGCAUGAUGUCUACCAGGAAAUUUGUUUCAUAUAAAGUGAAUGGACCUUGUAGAUUAGUUGAAAAAGCUUUAACACACAGUAACCAGCUACUCAUAGGCUACUGAUUCAGUGACAUCUUUUGAUCUUUUUUUUCUUUUUUGGUGUGCCUCCUUUAUAAAAUAGGAUAUUGUAAAGAGAGAGUGGAAAAUUACUUUGCAACAAGUGAACUGUAACUCUGCAUUUAGUAGAAAUUGCUAGCUAAGCAUUUGAACUUACCCGGGCCGCUUUCUUAGCUGUUGUGUUGUGGAUUUGAAGGAUAGUGUUUACUUUUACACUUAAUUUCUAGAAUUGAUGAUACCCCUAAGGCAUGUAUCUGGAAAUGGAAUUCGCUCCACGCUCUGCAUUUUCAGUUUUAACCUGCUAUCUGUAGGGAGCAUGUUUAAAAAACAAAAAACAAACAAACAAAAAAAAACCAACAAAAAACAAAAACAAAAAAACCACCUAACAACAACAAAAAACA